UCACAGCAACACAUCAGGCUCCCUCUCUGAGGGAUAUAAAAGCAGCAGCUGGUCCUCAGACUCUGCAGGAUUCUUGUCCACCUCCAUCCCAUCACUGGAAGCUGUCAGACUCUAAACCCCAGCAUGAUGCUGUUCCUCUCCKUGUUUGUUCUGGCUCUGGCUGCUGUGUCUCCUUCAGAUGGACAGGAGCUGAAGCUGCAGCGAGGACACUGUCCCAUGUUCUGGUACAGCUUCAACGGUCGCUGCUACAAGUACGUCGCCACGCGCCUGAGCUGGGCUGAUGCAGAGCUCUACUGCCUGUCAGAGAACAGCAACCUGGUGUCCAUCCGCAGCAAGGGAGAGCACGACUUUGUCAACGCCCUGAUCAAUAACUUUGAUCACUCUAAGGGAGAAACCUGGAUCGGACUCUCUGACAUUCAUAAAGAAGGAAGAUGGAUGUGGUCUGAUGGAUCUGUGGUGAAAUUCCUAUACUGGGCUUCAGGAGAACCAAACAACAGUGGAAGGUCUGAGCACUGUGUGCACACCAGCUUUGAGAAGGAGAAAAAAUGGAAUGAUUCUAAAUGUUCUGGGCAAUAUCCCUCCAUUUGUGCCUCUCGCAUAUAACUAUAGCAGCUAGAAUGGCUGCACCUGUUUAAUGAAUCAAUAAAGCAAAUUUCUAAUCAGAA